AUGAUGGAAAACAGCAUAGCAGUGCCUUCAGCAGAGACAGAAGCCCUGUCCAAGGCGGCAAAGGACCACAGCAUCGUGUUUUGCAUCGGCUGCAGUGAGAGGGUCACCAGCGGACCCGGCAGAGGCACUCUGUACAACACCCAGCUGACCUUCGGAGCGGACGGGCAGCUACUCAAUAAGCACAGGAAGGUGAUGCCAACGAUGGCAGAGCGGAUCUGGUGGGGCCAGGGGGAUGGAAAUAGUCUGCAUGCGGUGGAAACGGCAGCCGGCCGCAUUGGGGCGCUGAUCUGCUGGGAGCACUGGAUGCCGCUGACACGCGCGGCGCUGCACGCCACUUCAGAGGACGUCCACGUGGCUGCCUGGCCCCGGGUAACGGAGAUGAACCUGCUGGCGAGCCGGCACUACGCGGCGGAGGGGCGCUGCUUUGUCAUCGCGGUGGGCGCGCUGCUGCGGCGGCGUGACCUGGCGCUCGCUGACUCAUCUGUGCUGCCAGAAGACCCCGAUGCGCUGCUCCUGGACGGAGGCACCACCAUCAUCGGCCCAGAUGGGAAAAUCUUGGUGGGCCCGGUAAUGGAUGAGGAGACACUGGUUAUGGCAGAGCUGGACUUCACGCGCAUAGCAGAGGAGAGCCUUGCGCUCGAUGUGACAGGCCACUACUCACGGCCGGACAUCUUCCAGCUGACUGUCAAUGGAAACAACCCCUUGCAACCCUCAUAG